UUCUAUUUUCCGGUUCUCACAAACGCACCAUCACGAUCGAGUCUCCAUCUUUCUCCUCUAACCAGGCUAAGGGACCAACCUACGACUCAAACCCCGCUUCAAGUCUAUACAUUUUGACUCCAGCAUUUUCUGACAGUACAACCUUAAAGAACCAGAACCACAACCAUGACAGACUCCAAAUAUUUCACAACGAACAAAAAGGGGGAAAUCUUUGAACUGAAGGCAGAGCUGAACAAUGAGAAGAAGGAGAAGAGAAAAGAGGCGGUGAAGAAAGUCAUCGCAGCCAUGACUGUUGGCAAGGACGUUAGUUCUUUGUUCCCAGAUGUGGUGAACUGCAUGCAGACGGAUAACUUGGAGCUGAAAAAGUUAGUGUACCUCUACUUGAUGAACUAUGCUAAAAGCCAGCCUGACAUGGCCAUCAUGGCUGUCAACAGCUUUGUCAAGGACUGUGAAGACCCUAACCCACUCAUCAGGGCUUUAGCUGUCCGGACCAUGGGCUGCAUCCGUGUCGACAAGAUCACUGAGUAUCUGUGUGAGCCUCUUAGGAAGUGUUUGAAAGAUGAAGACCCAUAUGUGAGAAAAACUGCAGCUGUCUGUGUGGCAAAACUUCAUGACAUCAAUGCCCAGAUGGUGGAGGAUCAAGGCUUCCUGGACUCCCUGAGAGAUCUAAUUGCUGACUCUAAUCCAAUGGUUGUAGCCAAUGCAGUGGCAGCUCUGUCAGAGAUCAGUGAGUCUCACCCCAACAGCAACCUGCUGGAUCUCAAUCCCCAGAACAUCAACAAACUGUUAACAGCCCUUAAUGAGUGCACAGAGUGGGGGCAGAUCUUUAUUCUGGACUGCCUGUCCAACUAUAACCCUAAGGAUGAGCGUGAGGCCCAAAGCAUCUGUGAGCGUGUUACUCCUCGACUGUCUCAUGCUAACUCAGCAGUGGUGCUGUCGGCUGUCAAGGUUCUAAUGAAGUUCUUAGAGCUGCUGCCUAAGGACUCUGAUUACUACAACACUUUGCUGAAGAAAUUAUCUCCACCGCUGGUCACCUUGCUCUCUGGAGAGCCAGAGGUCCAGUAUGUGGCUCUAAGGAACAUCAACCUCAUUGUACAGAAACGGCCGGAGAUCCUGAAGCAGGAGAUAAAGGUGUUCUUUGUCAAGUACAAUGAUCCAAUCUAUGUGAAACUUGAGAAACUGGACAUCAUGAUCCGCUUGGCCUCUCAAGCCAACAUUGCUCAGGUGCUGGCUGAACUGAAGGAAUAUGCCACAGAGGUGGAUGUUGACUUUGUGCGUAAAGCUGUACGAGCUAUUGGACGUUGUGCCAUCAAAGUAGAACAAUCGGCCGAGCGCUGUGUGAGCACCCUGCUGGAUCUGAUCCAGACCAAGGUGAACUAUGUGGUCCAGGAGGCCAUUGUGGUCAUCAGAGACAUAUUUCGCAAAUACCCCAACAAGUAUGAAAGCAUCAUCGCCACACUAUGUGAAAACCUGGACUCUCUGGAUGAGCCUGAUGCUCGUGCUGCCAUGAUCUGGAUUGUUGGAGAGUAUGCUGAGAGGAUUGACAACGCUGAUGAGUUGCUGGAGAGCUUCCUUGAGGGCUUCCACGACGAGAGCACUCAGGUCCAGCUCACUUUGCUGACUGCUAUUGUAAAGCUGUUCCUUAAAAAGCCAUCAGAGACUCAGGAGUUGGUGCAACAGGUUCUGAGUCUGGCCACUCAGGACUCUGACAACCCUGACCUCCGCGACAGAGGCUACAUUUAUUGGCGUCUUCUGUCCACGGACCCUGUGACAGCCAAGGAGGUGGUGCUGUCUGAAAAGCCCCUCAUCUCUGAGGAGACGGAUCUGAUCGAGCCCACUCUCCUGGAUGAGCUCAUUUGCCACAUCGGCUCUCUGGCCUCUGUCUACCACAAACCUCCCAGUGCUUUUGUAGAGGGCAGUCACGGAGUCCACCGUAAACACCUUCCUGUUCAGCACAGCAGCAUUGAUACUGGUGAGAGCCCAGUGAGUAGUGCUCCAGCAGCUGCCAUGGACCAGCCACAUGUGAUUCCCAGCCAGGGUGACCUCCUGGGCGACCUGCUCAACCUGGACCUGGGUCCACCUGUCAAUGUCCCCCAGGUAUCGUCAAUGCAAAUGGGUGCAGUGGAUCUUCUGGGAGGAGGUCUGGACAGCUUGCUGGGGGGAGACCUGGGCGGAGGUGUUGGGGGAAGUCCAGCAGUUGGUCAGAACUUCAUCCCGUCUUCUGUCCCCAGUACUUUUGCUCCUUCGCCCACACCAGCACCUCCACCUGCCAGCAGUGGUCUGAACGAUUUAUUUGAGCUUUCUACAGGAAUGGCCACCACUACUGGCAGCUACUUUGCUUCAAAAGCAGUUUGGCUUCCAGCAGUUAAAGCUAAGGGACUAGAGAUUUCUGGAACAUUCUCUCGGCGCCAGGGUCACAUGUACAUGGACAUGACUUUUACAAACAAAGCUCUUCAACAUAUGACUGACUUUGCUGUGCAGUUCAACAAGAACAGCUUUGGGGUCAUUCCCACCAGCCCUCUGCCCGUCCACACUCCUCUGAUGCCCAAUCAGAGUAUUGACAUCUCUUUGCCUCUCAACACUAUUGGGCCAGUCAUGAAGAUGGAUCCACUCAAUAAUCUGCAGGUGGCUGUGAAGAACAGCAUUGACGUCUUCUACUUCAGCGUACUCAUCCCUCUCAACAUAUUCUUUGUUGAAGAUGGAAAAAUGGAGCGACAGGUGUUCCUGGCCACCUGGAAAGACAUUCCCAAUGAGAACGAGCUGCAGUACCAGAUAAAGGAGUGCCAUCUAAAUGCAGACACUGUAUCAGGAAAGCUGCAGAACAACAACAUCUACACCAUUGCCAAGAGGAACGUAGAAGGCCAGGACAUGUUAUACCAGUCCCUAAAGUUGACCAAUGGCAUCUGGAUCUUGGCUGAGCUUCGCAUUCAGCCUGGCAACCCCAAUUACACGCUCUCUCUCAAAUGCAGAGCACCAGAGGUUUCACAGUACGUCUACCAGAUGUACGACUCCGUGCUGAAGAAUUGACCUGCUCUGACACCAACCACUUGGCUUAAUUCACUGCAGUGUUUUAUCUCCUUCUGUCCUCUCCACCUAACUGCCAAAACAAGGGAAAUUAUGACAGAGACUGGAUCAAUUUGGUUUAUAAGGGGCGGGGGAACAAGAGAAAGAGUCAACGCUCAUAUCUUACUGUGCUAUUCUGUGUUGGUCACUGCACUUUCCCUGAUUUUGGCAGUUGAACACAUACUUGUAUCAUCGCUCACUCAUCUCCCUGUUCAGUUUUUUUUUUUUACCUCAGUGAAAGUGUGAUUGCCAUUCCAUUCCUAACUUUGUGUCUUAAUGUUGUAAAGAUAUGACGGUGAACCAACUCCUGUGUGAAAAACAAAGUCUGUCUUAUUCCUGACACUAUUGUUUUAAUUUGAUCCUGAAUGGUUUGGCUUUUUUCAGUUGUUGUUUAUGUUUGAUACUACGCACUGCUCCAAUUGUACAGGCAUCUUAAUAUCAGUGGGAUUUGUUCUUCAGCAGCUUUAACACCAGGGGGCCAAGGCUUAAAGUUAACCCUAAGAACUUGAUCCUUUCCAUUGCAUUAAGACACAUAUUUUAUUAACGUCAAUGCUGCAGCUAGAUUCACAGCAUGAAAUCACCUGCAGUUUUUGCAAAACAAAAUCUGAAUGUUGUCUAUAAAAAAGGUUAAAAAAAAACUUUUAAUGAAAUCCCAAAAAUGCGUUCCUGUGAUUAAGUGAUUACUAAUAUCAGUUCUAAUUCCAGGCACUUUACUGCUGCUUCCCACAUUUACAUCCAUUGGUUCAUUCAAUAAAUCUAACUCUGAUUCUCUUUGAAAGAGUGGAAUUAGGGGAGAAAAAUAUUUAAACAACAAAUAUAUCCUCACCAUAUCCCGUCAUCCACUCAGAAUUUAAUUAAAGUGUAAUUUAAGAAAACAUACAAAUGUCAACGAUGGCAAUUUUCCAAAUCUUUUUACAUUCGUUCUUAUAAAAUACAUUCAUUUUGCUUGAUAAUUUAAUGUGGUGAAACACACUUUAACAUCUUUGUUACCAUCAACUUGUUUGUCAUUACACAGAACCACUAUACAAUCAUGUCAGCUGUGAUGUUUGACCAGCCACCAGUGCCACUCCAUUGUUAACAUCCCUGUUUGCUCAUUUGUUUUUGUGACAGCCUCAUUUACUGCAACCAUGCACUUGUUUAUGACUCCAUUCACCUUAUGUUUGUCAUUCCUAUUUAUUAUGUGCAUCUACCUCUGCAUCGUUAUUGCAGUAGCCCCAGUUCUGUGCUUGAAAUGUGUUUCACAUUUUCUUUUGGUGCCUGUGGUGUUUUUUAUUUUUUUGUGUUCAGUUAAAAUCAGCCAAACCAGUCUCACAGGACUGAGCAUUCCCCCAAAAAAUGCCAAGUUGAUGUUUUAAUACCUUCAUGUCGAUGUAAUGUUGCCACUGAAUGUUCCAUAGAAAUGUAGAGUGCAUACAGAAUCUAACCUAGUUCCUCUAGUAUGAUGUAGUAAAGUGAGGGUGCUGUGUAGCAAAUGAAUUUAAGUCCAAAUGUAUGGUUUUAUCAUGACAUCAAAUAAUGCCUCAUCUCUAUCUGUUUAGUAACAAAAUAGUUUUUUAUUCUGAGAAUAAGGUCUGCUGGUGGCGCUAUUUUUAAAUUACUGAUGUGUGUUUAUGUGCAUGCAUUAACCCACUGUUGAUUGCAUUGCAAAGGUCUGUGGACUUGCCCCAUUUAACACCAUCCCCCCCCUCCACUCCCUGUCACUCCAGGUCCUGACUGUAGUAUCUUGUUUCUAGCAGUUCCACUGAAGGUGGCUUUCCAAAUUAUCCAGAGAGAGCUGUGGUAGACUCCUACAAAUGUACUAUUUCUAGUUAUAUUGUUGUAACCCCAUUGUAAAUGAAUAUUGUCUCAGUACAAAAUCCUUAUGUCAAUAAAACGUCAAAGUCA